AGAGUUCGAUUUGCAGGUAUCAACAUCGCCGGCUGUGACUUUGGGAUAGACACAAACGGCUACUCCGGAACGAGCAACUGUCCGUCAUCUGUAGGAGCGACACAGAUGCAGCACUUCGUUCAAAAGGAUAAUUUCAAUAUCUUCCGAUUGCCUGUUGGCUGGCAAUACCUUGUGCAUUACGUCCCUGGUGGUACGUUAGAUCCACGGUUUUUCGCGACCUAUGACAAUCUUGUCACGCAGUGCUUGGAAAGUGGGGCCUACUGCAUUAUCGACAUUCACAACUACGCCCGAUGGAAUGGUAAGAUCAUCGGUCAAGGGGGCCCCUCCGAUCAGCAAUUUAUCUCAUUGUGGACUCAAUUGGCGAAGCAUUAUGCUCCCCAGCAGAAAAUCAUCUUUGGCAUUAUGAACGAGCCUCACGAUCUGGAUAUGACCAGCUGGGCUAGAACUGUCCAGGCUGUAGUAAAAGCAAUUCGUGUAGCUGGUGCCACUAGCCAGAUGAUUCUUCUUCCUGGAAAUGACUGGAGUGCUGCUAGCAGCUUCGUACAAGAUUCUGCACCUGCCAUGGCUACUGUGGCAGAUACUGAUGGCACUACUGCGAAACUUGUUUACGACAUUCACCAGUACUAUGACGGCAAAGACGGCAAUGGUGGCGGAAACGAGGCAACUUGCACCACUGACCACGUCAGCAAUGGGUUUUCACCACUCGCAGACUAUCUAAGGUCACACAAACGGCAAGCCUUAUUGAGCGAGACUGGAGGAGGGAAUACAGGCAGUUGUUCGCAGUACAUUUGCAGUGCUCUCGAUUUCCUCAAUGCGAAUUCAGAUGUCUUCCUUGGAUGGGUAGGGUGGGCUGCAGGGAGUUUCGAUGAGAGCUACCUUGCAAAUGAGAGCCCUCAGGGAGACACUGACACUUCGCUAGUCAGAUUGUGCCUUGCACCGAAGUUCAAUCCAUAA